AUGGUCGUGCUUUCGGUGCCCACGGAAGUCUCUGUGAUCCUGUUAGAUAUCAAAGGUACCACAACCCCAAUUGCUUUCGUGAAGGACAUUUUAUUUCCUUACAUCAAAGAAAAUGUUAAAGAGUAUCCGCAGACACAUUGGGAAGCAGAGGAGUGCCAACAAGAUGUCAGUCUUUUGAGGAAACAGGCUAAAGAUGCCCACUUGGAUGGGGCUGUUCCCAUCCCUACAGCAUCUGGGAAUGCAGUGGAUUACCUGCAGCAGAUGAUCCAGGCUGUCAUGGACAACGUGUGCUGGCAGAUGUCUCUGGACCAAAAGACUACUGCCCUCAAACAGCUGCAGGGCCACAUGUGGCGGGAGGCGUUCACUGCUGGGCGCAUGAAAGCAGAGAUCUUUGCAGACGUAGUUCCAGCAGUCAGGAAGUGGAGAGAGACUAGAUUGAAGGUGUACAUCUAUUCCUCAGGGAGUGUAGAGGAACAGAAGCUGUAUUUGGGAUUCUACAGAGGAGAUACUCUUGAGCGUGUUGAUGGUCACUUUGAUACUAAGAUUGGACACAAAGUGGAGAGUGAGAGUUACUGGAAGAUUGCCAACAGCACUGGCUGCUAUUUGUUUCUGACAGAUGUUACUCCAGAGGCCAGCACUGCCAAGGAGGCAGACGUGCAUGUGACUGUAGUGGUGAGACCCGGCAAUGCAGGAUUGAUGGAUGACGAGAAGACUUACUAUAGCCUCAUCACGUCCUUCAGCAAACUCUACCUGCCUUCCUCAAACUAG